UUACAAUCAUUUAUACGUCAAUCGCAAUCACUAACUAAUGAUAAUUUAAUUCAAAUCAAACCACUGCCGUAUGAGCCGCGCAUAUAUGUCGGCGCAGAGUCGGGCGUCAAAGUGGUCACCAUUGAGGCCACUAUCGGCUACAAUGAUAAUGAUGAUGACUACCGACACUUGCAUACAAUUACCGAUAAUAAUAAUAAUAAUAAUAAUAAUAAUAAUAUUGAAUAUCAAGUAUUACCUACUGAUGAUUAUCAGUAUUUUAAAAUCGAUAAAAUUAGCGGACAAUUGGCCACUAAUCGGCCAAUUGAUAAACAAGUGGAUCAAACAUAUUAUAUAACCGUAAAGGCGGUCAUUAUCGGGGACAGUGGUGUUGAGGCCAAACAAAACAUAUGGAUAAUAGUUAGCAGUUAUAAUAGAUUUAAUCCGAUAUUUUCAUCAAACGACUAUAUGAAUUGUAUACACAAUCUGUCACCAAUUGGUACCAAAUUGUUGGAAGUGAUGGCUACCGAUGCCGAUAUCGAGACCUAUAAUUCACGUAUUUUGUAUACAAUUAAACCAUCACAACAGCAACAGCUAGUGAUGCCGUUUUUCAUUGAUCCGGAUACCGGUGUUAUCAUAACAAAUGAUACCUUGUUUGAUAGGCAUGUGUUUAGCUAUGAGUUUGAUAUAGUGGCCACCGAUACGGGUUCACCGCAAGGAUCGGAUACUACCAGAGCUCGGAUUACAUUUUACAAUCGUAUAGCAGCGCCAACCAUUUUGUCGAUUGAUUUCCGAAAUUUUCAGACAAGAAUCUGCUGGCAAUUGACUGAUUUGCAGCAAAUCGAUGGCUAUAUUAUAGCUUAUAAAUCGGUAGUCAAAGAUCUGGUCAGCGGUAGUGGUGGUCAUCAUCAUCAGCAGCCGAUGCCGUCAUCAUCACCACUGUCCACAUCCACUGUCAAUGUUACGGCCAAUCAGUCAACAACAAAGUCGGCCAAACAAUGCUAUAAUUUUUCAAUAGCCCAAAUCCAGCCAACAAUCAACUAUGCCUUUACCGUUAGUGCAUGGGUUGGCCAAGAGGUUGGUCCACGUAGUGAUGUACACUAUUUUAAGCCAAAAUACAGUCAACCGCAAGGUAUCGCCAAUUGCACCUGUAGUCACCAGAGCGGAUCCGGACCGUGUGUAUGCUCUCACGGUAUACUCGGUGUCUAUUUGGAUGAUAACUGUCCGCUCAAUUGUCAAAACGGCGGCACCUGUAUUAUCCGUACGGAUGGCCGGCCCUGGUGUCUGUGUAGGCACGCCUACUAUGGAAAACUAUGCGGCUAUACAAAGGUAUGUCCAUCGACUAGUACACCAACAGUCCGAAAGGGUAUAUUUGAAUGGCCAGAAACCAGAGCCAAUCAAACCCGUCGGAUACGGUGUCCGUACGAUCACUUAUGGGACAGUCGACUGAGACUGGCCAACACAAAUCGUAUGGCCAGUCGACCGUGUAUUCUACAUCAUAACGGGACUACCGAAUGGGGUACAGUUGACGAUCACGACUGUCCACAACAACAACAGAUGAUACCGACACCUAAUGCCCAAUUGAUGACCACUUCAUAUUCAAUAAUUGAUUUACAAGAUAUAGAUAAAGUCAGAUCAUUGAUCAACAAUCAAAAUAAUAAUAAUAAUACCGGUUAUAAUUAUAAUAAUAAUAAUAAUUUCAAUGAGCAAGAUCGUCUAAUUGAAAUGGUUGAUAAUUUUAAUAAUAAUACCAUCAAUUAUGACAUACUUAAUAUAGCGACUAAUAUAAUGGACACAAUACCCGUGGAUCAGGACUACGAGUUUCAUCGAAACUAUAAAAACAUUGCAAUUAAGACAACGGUCGUAUCUGUUAGAUCGAUAGCUACCGAUACCGCUAAUGAUAACUUAGGUGAUAAUCAAUUACCCGAUACUACAGGGGGUAUCAAACCGAUAGUAUUUGAACCAAAAUUUCUGGACAAUAAUCAAUUCAACAACAAUCAUAUUAAAUCAUCGAUACGGGUGCCGAUUGAAGCCCUACAUCAGGCAUCCAAACAGAUGAUGCAAUCGGGUGGUGGCGGCGGCGGUGAUAUUCGGGUCAAUUUUGUGGCCCUAAAAAGUCGUGACCUGUUUAUCAAUGACACCACUACCAGUCCAUCCGAUAGGACAACAAUAUCAAUGCCGGUAAUCGAGGCCAACGUAGUCAACGCUACGAUCAGCCAAUUGCAGACACCGGUCACUAUAGUCAUCGAGUGUCCACAUUGUCGACCAGUAGACUAUCAGAAAGCCCAGUGUGUCUAUUGGGAUCAGUUGGCCAGAAAUUGGUCCUCACGCGGGAUGACUACGGAAAUUAGUCACCAAAACAAGUCUAUUAUCUGUUUAUCAACACAUUUGACCGCAUUUUCCGUAUUAUUUGAUUUGACACCCGAUGAUAAUGAUAUGGAUGACCCCCAACAGCAACAACAUGCCCUACUAUUGUCGAUAAUUACAAUAGUCGGGUGCUAUCUAUCUAUUUGUGGACUAGUUUUAACAUUAUUAACAUAUCUAUUAUUUAGAUGUCUAAAUCGUGACAAUUCUGGCAAAAUUCUGGUCAAUCUAUGUCUAUCUCUACUACUAUUGAACGUAUCGUUUUUGAUGUCAUCCCAGGAUUAUGUAAUCCAAUCACAGAAAUGGUGUCUAUUGAUGGCAUUCAGCAUACAUUUACUGGUAUUGACAUCCCUGGCCUGGAUGUGUGUCGAAGCCAUACAUAUCUAUCAGCUACUCAUCUAUGUGUUUGCAACUGCGGAAAAACAUUUUAUGCUUAAACGGACAGCCAUUGCAUGGGGAGUACCAUUACUAUGGGUUAUGAUUACGGCAUUUAUCCGAACCAAUGCCUAUAGUAAUCGCAUAGAUUUUUGUAUGAUAUCACCGAAACACAGUAGUGAUGUCUACUAUAUAGCCUACUUGAUGCCGGUGUCCAUAUUGAUUAUCAUCAAUACCUCGGUAUUUGUAUUGGCCAUUCGGGUAUUGUUUGCACCGAGAAUGGCCACUACGGCUACGGCCGUCAAAUCAGGACAAUCAUCAUCGUCAUCAACGAUAACCAUGUCACAGGUAUGGGGAGCUAUGACACUGAUGGCCCUGUUAGGUGUCUCAUGGAUAUUCGGUGCACUGGCUAUCGGUCCAUUCAAACUGUAUUUCCAGUACAUAUUCUGUAUAACCAAUUCAUUGCAAGGUUUCCUAAUAUUCGUGUUUCGGGUUAUCCGAUACCCGGAAGCCCGCAAUGCUUGGCUACAGUUGUUCACAUCGGGAACCUUCAAAAAGUAUAGAGGUCAGAGACAGCGUAUCUAUGGAUCAAAUGCAACCAAUAGACUGAGCGCUAGCGAUAGAAAACCAAUGGAAACGGACAGUUCAUAUUCAACGACAUACCAUUCCUCAGCAGCGGCUGAUCAGUCAAAGACAACAACAGCGACAGCUAUAACCAAACCCUUUCUAAGUAAUAGUAGUAUUGAGGGCUCGGAUGUCAAACAUUUUACUACUUAUGACUCUAUACGAGGCAUUUCUGAUUAAAUUUUUUGUUUCAUUUCAUUAUUAUUAUUAUUAUUAU